AUGAAAAUUACAAAAGAGCAAGUUUGGGAGCUUUAUGGGCAAUUUUUAAUAACAUACACAAUGGAAAUCGGAUGGGAUGAAUUGAUUCGAAGUCUAAGUCCAAAUCUGAAAGGAUUUCUCGACAACCUCGAUGCGCUCCAUUAUUUCAUCGAUCAUGUUGUUUACAAGGCAAACCUUCGUGGUCCGUCAUUUCGCUGCGAGGAGACUUCUGAUGGCAGUCUUAUUCUUCAUUACUUCACUGGUCGGCCAGGACUCUAUCAUAUAGUUAAAGGCGUCGUGAAAGAAGUUGCAAGACGCGUCUACAAUCUCGAUAUCAGUUUGAUCGUGCAAGGAAGAACACAAAGAAGUGUGCACAUGCACAGUGGAGAACGGAUUGAAGAGCAUGUCAUUUUCUUGAUUAAGAAUCUCGAUGAGAAUCGUCGAGACUCCAGAGGAUCCAACGGAUCACUGAUUAGUGCUGUUACAUCCGAAUUUUAUGAUGGUGACUUGAAAAUGUCAUUUGGUGAUUUUGCUAAAGCGCUUCCUUAUCAUUUUAUAAUGGAUGAUGAGUGCAAAUUGGUGCAGUGCGGCAGCGAAUUAUAUAAUCAUAUUUCGGAAGAAAUGCUACAACCAGGAACUCCUGUGCUUAGACUCUUUGAAAUCAAUCGACCACAAAUGCCAUUGGAUUUCGAGAGCAUUUGCAAUUUCAUCAAUGCUGUGUUCGUUCUGCAAGUCAAAUCACUUCCAAUGAAAAGGAAUAGACAUGCUGUUGUUGAUGGUGAUGACCAAGGAGCGGAAGACUUUGAUCCUGCUGAAAUGCAAGGCCUGCAUCUCAAAUUGAAAGGACAAAUGAUGCUUCUUUCGACGAAAAAGCACAUAAUCUACCUGUGCUCUCCUUAUGUCACAUCAAUAAAUGAGCUCAUGCAGUUCGGCAUGCGUCUAACUGCGAUGCCGCUUCAUGAUUCGACACGAGACCUCAUAUUAUUGAAUCAACAACGUUUAACAGAUGUCGAAGUUCAUUUGCAACUCGAGGCUAACAAUGAGCAGCUUGAAACAAUGACUAAGGAUUUGGAAAUGGAAAAGACAAAAACAGAUGCAAUUCUCAAGGAUAUGCUUCCACCGGCUAUUGCUAAUCAACUUCUUAGUGGAGAACAUAUCGAACCAUGCGAAUACGAAGCAACAGUCAUGUUUUGCGACAUUCCAGCAUUUCAACAGAUCAUUCCCAAAUGUGCGCCAAAGGAUAUUGUAAGACUUCUCAAUGAACUUUUCUACAAAAUGGACCGAAUAAUUGUGCUGCGAUCGGUGUAUAAAGUCGAAACUGUAGCAGAUAGCUAUAUGGCAGUUAGCGGAAUUCCGGAAUACACUCCGGAACACUCGGAAAACAUGUGUCACGUAGCGCUAGGUUUGAUGUGGGAAGGCCACUCUGUAAUGGAUCCAAUUCACGAGAGACCGUUUCUUUUGAGAAUUGGCAUUCACUCUGGAACUAUCAUAGCCGGUGUUGUUGGUACAAAAAUGCCGAGAUAUUGUUUAUUCGGCGAAACAGUAACCCUUGCUUCACAAAUGGAGUCGAUGGGACUUCCCGGAAAAAUUCAAUGCUGUAAAUGGACAUAUUCGAAAGCAACAUCGACUGGCAGAUUCACAUUUGCACCACGAGGAAGAAUCACUGUCAAAGGACGAGGAGAGACUGAAACUUAUUUCCUUCUUCGAAGCUUGAAAAAGAGUAUUUGGGAAAUUGUAGACCAUCAAAGAGAUGUGAACGUUCACAGUAUAGAAGGCUACGAUGAGUUGUAG